UCAAUCAACAACUCUCUCUCUCUCUCUCUCUCUCUCCCCCCUCUGUGUCCGUCUCUCUUCUUCUUCCUCCCGUUAAACUCCUUCAAUCCCUUUCCCAAUUUCACAAAGCACCAUGGCUGAAUCGCUGAAGCUACUGGAUUACGUGCCGUGCACGUGCUCGUGAGGGAGGCAUCAGAAUAUCUCCUGUGUCUCUGCUUGCAUUGACUGGGGCCUUCUUCAACCCAUUGUCGCGGUUGGUGAUCUGGUCAGGUAGGGUUAGUUCUUGAGAGAGAAGCUUUCUAGCUGUUGGGUUUGUGUAAUUAAGUUCAAAGCUGAAGUGGGUUUUCUGGGAUUAAGGUGUACGGUGAGAGAUGUUGAGAUCUGGGAAGGUAAGGGGUGAGAGGGAUAAGCAAAUUGUUGUUCAGAAGAAAGGGGAUGAGUUGAAGCAGGGAGGUUCGGAUUCCGGCGGGGAGAAAACCCGGCAUUUGGUUUCGGGUGGGGCGGGGGAAUCUGAGAAAGAAUUGGUGGGGGAAGGUGGAGAAGAUGGUGAUGUGGGUGGGAAUGAAAAUGGUGGAGCAACUGAGAGUGGGAAGAAGAGGUGUGUUGGUAACGGUGAAGAAAUUGGUGAUGAUAAAAAGAGAGUGAAGGAAAAAGAGGCAGAUGGUGAAGUGCGAAUUUUUGGGCGGGUUUUGAAAUCACAGUCAGCGGCGAAUGGAGGGGGUGAUAAGGAGGUGAAUGAUGGGGAACUGGUUGCGGAAAAUAGAGAAAAUGACGGGACUCAGAAACAAUGUAGUGAGGUUAACAACAAAGGGAGGAAGGAAAUGAAGGUAGAUGGUAAAGUGCAAGCUAUUGGUUGGGUUCUGCAGUCACAGUCUGCGGUGAAUGGUGGGUAUGAUAAGGAAGUGAGUGAUGGUGGUCUGGUUGAAGAAGGUAGAGAAAACGACGGGUCUCAUAAACAACGUAGUGAGGUAAACAAUGAAUGGAGGAAGGAAAUGGAGGUGGAUGGUGCAGUGCAAGUUGUUGGUCGGGUUCUGCAGGCACAGUCAGCGGUGAAUGGAGGGUGUGAUAAGGAUGUGAGUGAUGGUGUUCUGGUUGCCGGAAUUAGAGAAAGUGAUGGGUCUGACAAGCAAUGUAGUGAGGUAAAAGAUGAAGGGGCUGAUCUGUUGGGCCAGAGUGAAAAUGUGGGAGUAGGUGAGAUUGGGAAGAAGAGGAGGCGGGGUGAUAAUGGCGAAGAAAUUGAUGAUGAUGCUCUUGAGGAAAAAAAGGUGAAGGAAGAUGAGGUGGAUGGUAAAGUGCUAACUACAGUUAGGGUUCUUCGGUCACGAGUUGUGGUGAAUGAGGGGUGUGAUAAGGCAGGGAGUGAUGGGUCUUGCAAGAAAUCUUCCAAAGGGGGUGAUCAGUUGGUUGAACGGUUUACAAAGAAGUUGAAAGGCAAGAGAGGGAGCCCACUCAAGGUUGAAAAGGAAAAAAGUGAUGGUUCAGGUGCUGGGCCACAUAAGAUGAAGAAUUUCAAACGCAAGCGUGGGAGACCUAAGAAGGUAGAAAAGGAACAAAGUGAUCUGUCAGUUGGUCAGUUGAGAAAGGAAGAAAGUGAUGGUUCGGGUGCUGGGCUACAUAAGAUGAAGAUUUUGAAACGCAAGCGUGGGAGACCUAAGAAGGUAGAAAAGGAACAGAGUGAUCUGUCAGUUGGUCAGUUGAGAAAGGAAGAAAGUGAUGGUUCGGGUGCUGGGCAACAGAAGAUGAAGAAUUUGAAACGCAAGCGUGGGAGACCUAAGAAGGUAGAAAGGGAAGAGAGUGAUCUGUCAGUUGGUUGGUUGAGAAAGGAAGAAAGUCAUGGUUCGGGUGCUGGGCUACUGAAGAUGAAGAAUUUGAAACGUAAGCGUGGGAGACCUAAGAAGGUAGAAAAGGAGGAGAGUGAUCUGUCAGUUGGUCGGUUGAGAAAGAAGUCAAAAUUGAAGCACAAGAGAUCACUUAAGGUGCAGAAGACUGAUGUGGCUUUGAAAGGAAAGCUUGCUAAGGAAGGCAAUAUGGUUUUGAGAUCGCAAGAAAGAAUCAAAUCGAGUAUGACAACUAAUGGUUCAUAUCUGGAAAGGAGGAUUAUUGGGAAAGAGUUGGAUGUGAAGGCCUUUUCUCCAGCUAAAAGGGAUAAAAAAGGAAAUGAUUUGGAGACUGAGGAUAGUGAGGAUGGGGAAGGAAGUAAUGAACGGAAACAGAAACAGAAGGGAAAUAAAGGACAGAAAAAUAAGCAGAAGAGUCGGGAUGGAGAUUGCGCCAGAAGUAGGCAAAAACAGUUGGUGAGAGAUAAGAUAGUGGAUCUAAUUAUGCGUGCAGGUUGGACCAUUCAAUAUAGGCCUAGGAAUGGCAAAGAGUACAAGGAUGCAGUGUACGUAACUCCAGCAGGACAGACUCACUGGUCGGUCACCAAGGCUUACACAACUCUUAAAGCGCAUUGUGAAAAUGGUGAAAAUAAUUCCAAGUUUUGUAAGCCUGGCUUCAAAUUUACUUUGAUACCACCAGAGGAAAUCGACAUGCUAGCAAGGAUACAAGUCGUGAAAAGGGUGGGGAAAAAGAAGGGGAAGAAGGGCAAAAAUGGAAUGGAGGGUGGAAAGAAGAAAAGGGGUGGGAAUACAGUGGAUGGAGUUACUGAAGAGAAAAAGAAAAAGAAAUUGGGUAGGCCACUCAAAGGGAAACGUUUGCUUCUUGAAAAGGAUGAUUCAGCACGUGCAGCAUGCAAGGGAAGGCGAAGUUUAUAUAAGACAAAAAAUAGAAAGCGAUGUGCUUUACUGGUUCGGAACUCUGAGAAUGCCGAUUCAGAUGAUGAUGGCCAUGUACUAUAUGACGGGAAAAGAACAGUUCUUGCCUGGAUGAUUGAUUUGGGAACCCUAUCACUUAAUUCGAAGGUGAAGUACAUGAACAGGAGAAAGACACAGGUGCUUCUUGAGGGUAACAUUACAAGAGAUGGAAUUCAUUGUGGUUGCUGUGGAGAAACAAUCUCGAUUUCGAAGUUUGUAACCCAUGCCAAAAGUGAUUACUCUGAGCCAUUUAAACAUAUAUAUCUAGACUCAGGGUCUACCCUUUUGCAAUGCCUGCUUGACUCAUGGAAUAGACAGGAUGAAUACGACCGUCGGGGAUUCCAUUUCGUGGGUGUCAACAGGGAAGACCCAAACGAUGAUACAUGUGGAAUCUGUGGAGAUGGUGGGAACUUGAUUUGUUGUGAUGGCUGUCCAUCAACAUUCCAUCAAAAUUGUUUAGAGAUAAAGAAGUUCCCCUCAGGUGAUUGGCAUUGUGUAUAUUGUUCAUGCAAAUUUUGUGGGAUGUUUGGCGGUAAUAUAUGCGAAAUCGAUGGCAAUGACAAUGAAAAUGUAGCUACAUCAGCAUUAAUUACCUGCCAUUUGUGUGAGGAAAAAUAUCACAAAUCCUGUAUUCAGGCAAAGGAUGCUGUAAAUGAUGAUUCCAAUGAUCCAUCCUUCUGCGGGAAGAAUUGUCAAGAGCUAUUUGCGAGUCUUCAGAUGCUUCUUGGAGUGAGGCAAGAAAUCGAAGAUGGAUUUUCAUUGACUCUGAUUCACCGAUCUGAUACGAGCUCAAUUUCUAUUUGUGACACACCACAGAUAGAUGAUUGUGAUUCAAAGCUAAUUGAAUGCAAUUCCAAGCUGGCUGUUGCAUUUUUACUAAUGGAUGAGUGUUUUUUGCCUAUGGUUGACCACAGAAGUGGAGUCAAUUUGAUUCAUAAUAUUCUGUAUAAUCGUGGGUCAAAUUUUAGUAGACUGAAUUAUAGUGGUUUCUUGACUGCAAUUCUAGAAAGAGGUGAUGAGAUCAUAUCAGCGGCAUCCAUCCGGAUUCAUGGGAACUAUUUAGCAGAGAUGCCAUUUGUUGGGACCCGAUAUAUGUACAGGCGUCAAGGAAUGUGCCGUCGGCUUCUAAUUGGAAUUGAAUCUGCUCUCAGCUCGUUGAAUGUUGAAAGAUUGGUUAUACCUGCAAUCUCAGAACUCAGAGAAACAUGGACUUCUGUUUUUGGUUUUAAGCCCCUUGAAGAAUCAAGCAAGCAGAGGAUGAAGAACAUGAACAUAUUGGUUUUCCCUGGUGUAGAUAUCUUAGAGAAGCCAGUGUCGAAGCACUUAACAGAAGCAAAUAUGAUUCCCGCUGAAGGUGUGAGGUCCACUGAACUUGAGCAUCAGCAACUCGAGCAAGAGGUUUUAUGUGAUAUUAAUGAGAAACGUUUGGUUGCGUCUGGAAUUGAAGCAUCUGCACCGUGUGGAAGUGAGGCAAGUGAUGAACUUGCUGAUGUUGAAUCUGAUACACAGCAUCACUGUGGUGUUUCUCAGGAUAAUCUGGAGGAGAAAAGCAAUACAAUUAUUAUUCCUCCUCCAUCAAUGUGUGAUAUCCAUGAACAAACUGAGGAGGUCAACCAGAGCUCUGCUUCAGUUCCUGAUGUAGGGACAGUGGAAGUGGACACCCAACAAGACCAGCAUAUCAUGCUCGAAGUCGAAAACAAAUCUCUGACAUCACAUCAUAGUAGUUCUGUUAGGAACCACAAUUCUCAUGAUGAAAGAUCCAUUUGCCGCUCUACUGAAAAUAAUACCACCGAGCAGCAGCACAUCGCACAUGAAGUAAAGGUUUCCGAUGAAAUUACUGUCUGCCAUGAUUCAGCGACUACAACUGAGGCAUCUCAUGAGGCAAGCGACCUUAAGCAUCAGGAUUCUCUAAGUGUGCAGGUUGCAGGAUCUAUUUUCUGUCCGGAUGGAAAGAUGUCUGAGACUUGUGAAGCGGAAUGUAACCAUCCUUCUACUCAGCAUACACCUGCAGUGAUAGUUGAGGAGCAUCCAGAAUCUAUCAAGUGUUAUGGCUCUGAAAUUCUGACUGGAACUAGUGAGGUCGCCAGUGAUAUACUUCACCCAACUCCCCUGUUGCCUCACCAGAAAGCAGAUGAGCUUGAAGGUAACAGGCUCAACACUCAUAAAGUUGCAGAUGGGUUUGAAGGCAACGGGCUCAACACUCAUAAUGUUGCAGAUGAGUUUAAAGGCAAUGGGCUCAACACUCAAAAAGUCGACUCUGCUCUUACAUGUGGACAUGCCAAGUCCCCGGAGGUUACUGAUUUGAAUUUAACUCCCGAGGAGUCUCAGAACACAACAUCCGUAAAGCAAUCUGAACUCGAUUCUCAGACAAGUCCCACACAGUGCAACUCGAGCAAUACGCCUGUUGUGGCUCUUCACUGCGCAUCCGGUGGGGGUACUUCGGGGGCGGUUAUUCUAUCAAAUCAGGCUAGGUGAUAUCUUAUCUCGAGACACUGACAGAAGUAAAGGCAGGAGGCUUUUUGGUAACAGCAGAGUCUCCAACCGAAAGAGUAGCAGAAGUAUUUUGGCAAAGGGUUGAAAACUGUUUUUAUCGCUUGUUAGAAAGCAACAGUUUUUGGUUCCUUCGACUUACGGAGAACUUGGGAGUAAAUAUAUAGGUUUUUUUGGGAAAUGAUUCAUGCACGCCUCUUUUCACCUUCUGCACGCCUCUAGUUUUUUCUAGCCACUGGAUUGAAUAAAUCAAUGGCUCGAUUUUGGAGAACCGUGCAGAAGCUGCGAAAGGGUGUUCAUCAAUCGCUCCCUUUUUUUUUAAGCAUUUUAUGGCAUUUGGGCAGUGGCAGGAUAAAAGUUCCCUUUGGUGGGUUGUAUAAUUUUUGGCCUCCGAGUGCAGUGACGUUCGAGGAAUCAUACAACCGAUGCCAUAUAGCGGGGUAAGGUUUUGUUGUUGUUUGGUCUUCAUUGUAUUAUCAAAACAUGCGUUGCCUCAACCCUGAAAAACCACCCUAUCAUUUUUGUAUAGAUCUCUUGCGAUGCAUUGUUGAAGUUUGCUUUUGUUGGUAUUAGUAAAAACUUGUAGUAAUGAGAGAUUCUUUGGCGCCA